UCUCUCUCUCUCUCUCUCUCUCUCUCUCUCUCUCACACACACACACACACACACACACACACACACACACACACACACACACACACUGAGAUUGCUGCCUCUUGCAUGGCAGUUGUUGAUCAGUGUGUGAAGAAGCGUGACACCUCCGCUGACACGUCCAGGUGUGUGGUGGAUCAGUCAGGUGAACAUCAUUCGGAUAAUGAGAAGCAGGUGGAGGCGAGGCCUCAGUGGGCGAGCACUGGACCGUGCAGUUCCUCUCGCUCCCUGUGGUUCUCUCAAAAAACUCCUAUAAGAGUGACAGGAGGUGCUCAGCGCUUGACAGGACACGGGAAGAGGUGUUGAGAGUCGCAGCACCUUUCGGUCUUUAUUAUACCUCGGUCCAGCAGCACAAGUAGGAAAGACUUCACAGACGGUUCAAGAUUUUAAAAAAAUCUGAUGCUGAUUUGCAGCGUCACGAUCAUCGGUAUCUUUGUGCGAUUAGCGAUGGACUCUGAGCUCCUAACGCGCGGCCUCCUGUAUCUCUCUCUGGCCAUGGCGGGAAUCCCAGGCAACAUCGCCGUGAUCUACGCCUUCCUGACGGCGCUGCACCACGAGCGGCGUCUCCUCACCGCCGACGCCAUUGUGCUGCACCUGGCCCUGGCCAACCUGCUGGUGGUGGCAGUUCGCUGCGUGCUCGAAGUUUUCGCUACCUUCCAAAUCGUCAACGUUUUCGACGACGACGGUUGCAAGGGCGUCAUUUUCGUCUACAGGACGGCGCGUUCGCUUUCCAUCUGGCUCACCUUCGUGUUGAGCGCCUACCAGAGCCUGAGCAUCGCACCCCCGGGGUCGCGCUGGGCAACCGCCCGGGACCUUUUCGCCCGGUUCCUUUGGCUCAUCUUCUUGGUCGUGUGGAUCAUCAAUGUCUCCGUGAGCUCGCCUUCCAUUGUUUUCGCCGUGGGCGCCAAGAACAACUCCAAGCUGCUCCAGAACAGCAUCAACGUGCAGUUCUGCUUCAUCAAUUUCCCGUCUGUGAGCGUCAAGGACACCAACGGAGCGGUGCAGACGGUCAGAGACGUGGUGCCCAUGACGCUGAUGACCACCGCCAGCCUCAUCAUCCUCGUCUUCCUCUACAAACACAGCCGGCAGGUCAGAGGUAUCCGAGGCGGAGGCGGAGGCGGUGGCGGCGGUGGAGGAGGAGGAGGAGGAGGGGGAGGUUCUGCCGAACGCAGGGCAGCCAUCACUGUGGUCACGUUGGUGACGCUGUACGUCGUGUUGUACGGAGUGGACAACGGGCUUUGGGUUUACACCAUAAUCGUGAAACAGACGAUGUCGUCUGCGCUCAUCUCAGACCUGCGCAUCUUCUUCUCGUCCCUGUACGCCGCCAUGAGCCCCGUCGUCAUCAUCGUGUCCAAUAAGAAGGUGAACAAAUAUCUGAGGUGCGGCAGCGAGGAGAAGACGACAGGUUGAUACUCGCUGAUCAGUUUAACGCUCGAACCAGCAACUGUGGCGACGCUAAUCAAUCUGCAUGUCAGUAUUAAAGUCCUGAUUGCACCUUUAACAGGCCUGAACUACUGCAGUGCUGUACUUAUCCCUGAUACGUUCAUACGAAGGGGUGUGUGUGUGUGUGUGUGUGUGUGUGUGUAUGAGAGAACUAAAGUGAAGAAACGUAAUAUUUAUAUAAAAAGGACGAUGGUUUGAUGGAAAUGCUUAGAAGUGCAUUUGUGGAAUAGAAUCUAUUUAUUUUUACAUUUAUUAUACUUUUAAACGACGACAAAAAUAUGUGUGUACUUUUAUUACGUGACUGGACGACGUUUGAUGUUCAUUUUGAGAUGUGUGGAUAUUACAGGCUCAUUAGUCUUCAUUAAUAUGCAUUUAUGCAAAUUACAUGCUUUGCAUGUAUUUGUAUUGAAUCAUUUUAUAGUCACCUUUUUUUAAAACUGAUUUUUAGCUUCGUUUUUACAUUUUAUACAUUUCAUAAAAAAAUCUAUAAAAAUAGCAGUAACAUUAGGAUUAGCAGUUGAUAAAUAAACACAUUUAAAGGUUGACUUUGAGAUGUAAUUUUUUAAGAUUAUAAAUUUAAGUUGUAAUUUUUCGUCGUAUGUAAAAUCGUCGUGUAUAAAACUAAAGCUAAAGUUAAGUGCUUGGCUGUGUGUUUAGAGUUAAAAUAAGCCUGAGAAUGGUUUUAUUAAAGUGUGUAUCAAAGCCCUGACUGCAUCUUUAAAGCGUUUGGAAUCAGAGAGAAAGUGAGAAAGCUUGUGGACGAAGCAGAUGAAA